AUGGCGACACUGGUGGCCUCCCGACGUCAAACGCUGAAAAUGCCACCAGAGCUCCUUCCCCGUUCCGGAGAGCCAGAGCUGCUUCCGUCAGCCACCCUCAGGACAAGGAGCCAGCGGUGUGUGCGGAGCCACCUCGGGCCGCCCUCCGAGCCACGGCACCCCCGCCCCCGGCGCUCCGCUCACCUCGGGGCCGCCCGGGGCCGCCCCGCCCCUUUCCCGCCAUCGCCCCCCAGGGGAGGCGGCGGCCGCCCGAGUCUCGCGAGAACCGGCGCUGCCGCCGCCAUGGAGCCGCCGGUGCCCGGCCCGCCGGGGCUGUCGACCGUGCUGGCGAGCACGGACUGGUCCGAGCCCUGGCUGCUGGGGCUGGCCGCCUUCCACCUGCUCUGCUUCCUCCUGACGUGCGCGUCCCUGCAGCACCGCCGGCUGCAGGUCGGGCACUUCCUGUGCAUGGUGGGCUUAGUGUACUGCGCUGAAUAUAUCAAUGAAUUAGCAGCCAUGAAUUGGAGGCUCUUUUCUAAAUACCAAUAUUUUGAUUCAAGAGGAAUGUUUAUUUCACUUGUGUUUUCAGCGCCGCUGCUGGUGAAUACUAUUAUAAUUGUGGUCACCUGGGUUUACAGAACUUUGAAUGUAAUGACAGAACUAAAGAUGCUACAGCAGAGAAGGAAAGCAGAAAAAGAGAAAAAGAAGUGAAAGUGCCAAACACUAUUUUUCUUUCUUCAGUUGUAAUAACACCUGUCUGGGUAAUCAGUCCUGUAUGGGUAUGCAGGAGCAGAAGUACUUUUGUGUCCUGUGACAAGAGGACUUUGUAAUUGUGGCUGUGGACAUUGAGGUGAAAGCAGGCAUCUACAGUACAUUUGAACUGGUUGUGAGAUCAUGAAACCAGUCUUAAGAAGUCUUUGUGCCCUUCAGUGUAAGAUUGUUUUCCUCCAUGACCAAGGCUGUUAGUAUUGAUGAGACACAAUCUUCCAGUUUCCAUUUGCUUGUGUAUUUUUUACUAUGUUUUUUAUUGUGUGCUUAUCAAGUAUCAGUUAUUCUGCUGCUUAAGGCAAUUGGAGCUGUGUUAUCAAUUACAGUAAAUGAGAGCUUUUAUUCAGAAUAACUCAGGAAUCCAUGCUUCUGUGAAGCACUUCACUUCUUUAUAAAUCAAAUUUCAUACUUCCUAUGUGUACUGUGUGCCAGUGGUUUUUAUAAAUAAAACUAUCCGCUCACUGCAU